CAUUUCCUCCCUUCCACUUCACCCCCUCCCUCCCAAAUUCCGCCACGCUCCCUCCCUCCGCUUCAGUUCCAGGUCGUGCAGCCACAGCUCUCAAGCUCACGUCGCCACUCCUAGAAUUUCCCUCUGGAAUUCGCGCCGCCGCCCGACCAUGAUGGCGUGCCAGGCGUCCGCGGGGCCCCUGUCGUGCCACAGCUGCCCUUACGACUUUGCCGAGUGGUCUGAAGGCGACUCGACCUUCAGCCUCGCGAAUGGAACUGUAUUCAGCCUUGCGAAUGGGACCAUGCCGAAGGUGCCUGGCGUGACCCUCGUUGAGGCGGUGCCGAGCUACGCCAUGUGCUCGGUGCCUCUCCAGCCCGUUCUCGAGCCAGGCUACGACGUCCACCUGUGCUCGGGCACGCCGGUGCCGGUGCCGGCGCCGGGCUGCGGCCUCGUGCUCGUGGUGGAGCCCGUCGACGGUUCGAGCCCGCCGAUGGUCUUCACGAACCAGGGCUUCGUACCCCUGGAGUCGAUCACCUGCGCGCCUGUGGCGUCGGCGCCCGCGCAGAGCGCGGCCACCGUCCCCCUGCAGCUGGAGCACUUCGUCCCCGGGCCGACGGCCCAGCGGCGCU